UCCGCUCGGUGCCGCUGCCGGUGCCGCUGCCGCUGCCGGGGCCUCCCUCGCUGCGGGGCGGCCCCCGAGGCCGCGAGCGAUGCCCCCCGGGCGGCCCUGAAGCACCGAGAGCUCCGCCAUGGACGAGGCCGAGCCCGCGGCGGGGGACGCGGCCCCGGCGGCCGCCGAGGCCUCACCGGGGGACGGGCGGGGGAGGCCCGGGGCCAAGCGGGUCACGUUCCCCUCGGAUGAGGACAUCGUGUCCGGGGCUGUGGAGCCCAAGGACCCCUGGAGACACGGGGACCGUGGGGGGAUCGGGGCCUCGGCGCUGUUUGACAUGAUCGAGUACUACGAGUCCGCCACGCACCUCAACAUCGGUGCCAACAAACACCUGGGGGCCCGGGGCUGGCAGGCAGCAGCUCACAUGAUGAGGAAGACCAGCUGCCUGCAGUACCUGGACGCCCGGAACACGCCGCUCCUGGACCACUCGGCGCCGUUCGUGGCGCGGGCUCUGCGCAUCAGCAGCAGCCUGGUGGUUCUGCACCUGGAGAACACCUCCCUGUCCGGGAGGCCCCUGAUGCUGCUCGCCACGGCGCUGAAGAUGAACGUGACGCUGCGGGAGCUGUACCUGGCGGACAACAAGCUGAACGGGCUGCAGGACUCGGCGCAGCUCGGCAACCUGCUCAAGUUCAACGGCUGCAUCCAGAUCCUGGACCUGCGCAACAACCACCUCAUGGACUCGGGCCUGGCCUACAUCUGCGAGGGGCUGCGGGAGCAGCGCCGGGGGCUGGUGACCUUGGUGCUCUGGAACAACCAGCUGAGCCACGCCGGCAUGGCCUACCUGGGAAUGACCCUGCCGCACACGCAGAGCCUGGAGACGCUGAACCUGGGCCACAACGCGGUGGGGAACGAGGGCGUGCGGAACCUGAAGAGCGGCCUGAUCGGGAACCGCUCCGUGCUGCGCCUGGGCCUGGCCUGCACCAAGCUCACCUGCGAAGGGGCCGUGGCCGUGGCCGAGUUCGUGGCCGAGAGCCCGCGGCUGCUGCGCCUGGACCUGCGCGAGAACGACAUCAAGACCGGGGGGCUGAUGGCGCUGUCGCUGGCCCUGCGCGUCAACCACUCCCUGCUGCGCCUCGACCUCGACCGCGAGCCCAAGAAGGAGGCGGUGAAGAGCUUCCUGGAGACGCAGAAGGCGCUGCUGGCCGAGAUCCAGAACGGCUGCAAGCGGAAUUUCAUCCUGGCCAAGGAGAAGGAGGAGAAGGAGCAGCAGCUCCAGCACUCGGCCUCCAUGGCCGAGAUCUCCGGCAGCGACCCCGAGGCCGAUCCCGGAAUUCCCGGAAUUCCCGAAAUUCCCGGCGGCGCUUCCCCCGGCCCGGAGGAGAACGGCAACGCGGCUCCGGCCGGAGAUUCCAGCUCGGACACCGAGGAGGAGGAGGAGGAGGAGGAUGGGAAGGACUCGAGGGAGGUUGUGGAAUCCGGGAAUUCCGGGAAUUCCGGGAACGCCGAGCGCAGGAUUUCCGUCUCCAGCCCCGGCAGAGGCCGCAAGAUCUUCGUGGUGACGCGGGUGGAGAACAUUCCCGAGGGAUCCGGGGCCAUUCCCAAGGAACCUGGCACCGUUCCCAAGGGAUCUGGAGAUGCUCCCGAGGGAUCUGGAGAUGUUCCUGGUGGAUCUGGAGCCGUUCCCGAUGGAUCCAGGGCCCUUCCCGAUGGAUUUGAGACUGCUCCCGAAGGAUCCGGGGUCAUUCCUGGUGGAUCUUUGGUGGUUCCUGAAGGAUCCAGGAUCGUUCCUGAAGGAUCUGGGACAAUUCCUGACGGAUCUGGAGCCGUUCCCGAUGGAUCUGGGACAAUUCCCGAUGGAUCUGGAGCCGUUCCCGGCGGAUCCGGGGCCAUUCCUGAUGGAUCCAGGAUCAUUCCCGAUGGAUCUGGGGUUGUUCCCGCUGGAUCUGGAGCCGUUCCUGUCGGAUCCGGGGCCGUUCCCGAUGGAUCCAGGGCUGUUCCCGACGGAUCUGGAGCUGUUCCCAUCGUUCCAGAUGGAUCUGGGAUUGUUCCUGCUGGAUCUGGCUCCGUUCCCGAUGCAUCCGGGGCUGUUCCCGAUGGAUCCGGGGCCGUUCCCGUCAGAUCUGGGACCAUUCCCGUCGGAUCCAGGGCCGUUCCUGACGGAUCUGGGGCCGUUCCCAUCAAAUCCGGGGCCGUUCCCGAUGGAUUUGGAGCCGUUCCCGUCGGAUCCGGGGCCGUUCCGGAUGGAUUUGGAGCCGUUCCCGUCCGAUCCGGGGCCGUUCCCGAUGGAUCCGGGGCCGUUCCCGAUGGAUUUGGAGCCGUUCCCAUCCGAUCCGGGGCCGUUCCCGAUGGAUUUGGAGCCGUUCCCGUCGGAUCCGGGGCCGUUCCCGAUGGAUUUGGAGCCGUUCCCAUCCGAUCCGGGGCCGUUCCCGAUGGAUUUGGAGCCGUUCCCGUCGGAUCUGGGACCGUUCCUGACGGAUCCGGGGCCGUUCCCAUCAAAUCCGGGGCCGUUCCCGAUGGAUUUGGAGCCGUUCCCGUCGGAUCCGGGGCCGUUCCCGAUGGAUUUGGAGCCGUUCCCGUCGGAUCCGGGGCCGUUCCCGAGCUGCGGCCGCGCCGGGCCGGCGCCUCCGAGGGAAUUCCCUGCGGGAGCCCCUCCCGGGAUUCGCCGCUUCCCAACGGGCUCAAGGCGGAUUUCGCCCGGGCGCUGCCGGAGCCGGGCCCGGAGGGCGACGGGAAAUCGGGAAUGUGCGCGGCCGAGCACGAGCUGGGCUGCUCCCGGAACGAGCAGGAGCUGCAGGAGCUGCUCCUCGAGGCCAGCCAGGACACGGCUCCGGAGCCGCUGUGACCGCAGGUCCUGGAGGGGGAGGCUCCGGAGCUUUCCCCUCUCCCCACUCCGCACAAGAUUCCAACCAAACCUCGGGAAUUUCGGGACUUUUCCUUGGGAAAGAAAACAACCACGAAACACAAAAAAAAAAAAACAAAAAACCCCCAAAACCGGAUUUUUUCCCGAUUUUUCCUGACUUUUCCCGCCUCUCCUCCCAGGGGCAGGGAAGGAGCCGGGGCUCGGCCUUCCUUCCUCAUCUCCCGGGAAUUCCCGGGGCCGUUCCCGGCGGGAUCCGGCGACACUACAGCGAGCGGGAGCGGCGGGAGUCGGGGAAUUGGGGAAUUUGGGAAUUCCGUCCCUAAAAAAUCCCGGGAUCGGCUGCUCCCGCAGCCCCCCCACGCUUUAUUUAUUUCUCAUUUCCCUUCCUUCCCGGUGGCUUUGGUUUCUUUGGGAAUUUUUUCCCGGUUUUUUCCCCCCCCCCCCCCGUUUUUCCCGUCUCUAUUUAUCACCAGCCGCAGAAUUCCCGGGAAAACGGCGAAGGUGGAAAAAAGGGGGAGAGGGAGGGGCUGGAAUUCCUCGGUCAUCCCAAAUUUCCAGAGGUGUGGGGGAGGGGAAAUCCAGCGAGGAUUCCCGCGGGGAUCUCCCAGCCCGGAAUUCCCGAAAUUCCCGGAAUUCCCGGGCAAUUCCCGGGGGUCGCUUUUCUUUCUUAAGUGCAAUAAAAUCUUUCAGGGAGCUGCAGGGGGGGGGUGGGGUUGGAAUUCCGGGGGGAUAUUCCCGAUAUUCCAGCCGGGAAUUUUCGCUGGUGUUUCCUGGGUUUGGUUUUGGGGUUGUUUUGGGGUUUUUUGGGUUUGGUUUUUUUUUUUUUUUUUUUUUUUCCGUCUUUUUCCCGUUUUUUUUUUUUUUUUUGGUUUUUUUUUCCCCCCCUCGUUUUUUCCCCGUGGUGGAAUUUUUGUUAACGGCUGUUUUCUAAUUAAAGGAAUUCUGCAUUCGUCA